AUGUCACUGGAUGGUAUAAUCAACGGAUAUACUGUUCUGAAUCUGAAUCAUUCAAGCGAUCGUUUCAGUAUAUACAACGCCAAAGAUCGCAACGGGAGCCCCUGCUUGUUGAAAGUGUGUCACGAUGGCGGAUCAAAGCAAACAGCUUAUAAACAGGCCACCAGCGAUGCCAUGCUUGAAUCGUUCAUCUACAACAACAACGGCGAAGAAAUACAAUGCUAUAUCUUCCCUACAAGCACGCUCGACUAUUUCACCUGUAACCAAUCAUCAAACCCAACUAAGUCACACCAGUCAAGACUGAAGACACUGAAGUCUGGAAUACGAUAUGAGCUUUUGAAAACACCUACUCCGGAUGGUGGUAUGCAAUUCGCUUGUCAUUCCAGCGAUGAUUGUGACGACGACGAUAAUGAUGACGAUGAUGACGAUGAAGAAGAAGAAGAAGAAGAAGAAGAAGAAGAAGAAGAAGAAGAAGAGCUGGAGAAUAGUGACUCCGAUAGUGACGAGGAUGAGGACUUGGAAGUAAACAUAAUUGUCCAUGACGAUAUCGCUAAAUGCCCCUUGGAACCAAUCCUGAAUUCAAAAAAUCAGCCUAACGCGGAACUGGAAUACAUACAUACCUCACAGGAGCAUAUACAUUUUGUGAAUAAUCCCGUUUUACAGCGUGUGUGUCACAGACAACACAGACCAAUUGUACGAACACCAGUACCAAAGUCCUGCCCUGCAUACCACGAUGGUGUCCAGGAUAAUAUACAACAGAAGAAAUUGUCGUGUCAAAAGGGGCAGUUUGAACUUCAAAUGCUACAGAGCUCGAUGCUUAAGAGAAGGUCUACCUCAAGUGCUGGACAUUAA